CACCUCUGUACACAUCGCGGGCUCCUGCCUAAGAACGUCCGUCAUUGUCACGACCCCUUAUACAUGCAAUUUACAUAGCUUGAGCAAGCAGUCAGUUACGCUAUCUUGCCGGGCCGCCUGCUCCGAGAAUCGAGAGUUCGAGUUAGUACUCUGCAGGCAGCUCUAUCAAGACAAGAGUAAAUGUUGACGGUUUUUUCGAUAAGACCGUGUUGUUUGUUCGGAUAGUUGGGAACGUGAGUCAAUCGUGGAACGCAAGGGGAAGAAGAGGGGAGUAAAGGUGCGUGCGUACCACGCUCGCUGGAGUGCACGCAGCUCAGACGCCUAGACGGUGCCUAUUGGCGGGACAUGCUAAAGGUCGCGCACUGACCGCCGGUUGGUUACUUGGAGAGUGCGAGAGACCACACAGAGAGCUGGCCAGUUGCAUGGUUGACCAUAGAUAGUGAGCAACUAUAAAACGUCGUGGGGUGACAUUCGGCCGCAGCAUCAUAUGCACACAGGAUUAUAUGAAGAGAUUGCGGAGUGGACAAAGUGCGUAGGUAGCCAGUCCGGGAACGGUAGUGCAACGCUUUCCUUGUUGCGGAGAUUGACAAGAAGAUCCUAUUGCAGCGGGCAAUACCCACCAAAGAGGACAACAAACAGCCUGCCGACUUCUGUGUCUCCAGCAGCAGCAGACCAUUGCUUUCUAAUACACCGCACAGGGGUGGCCAGUCUCUGCUUUGAAGAAGCCUGGUUUCUCUCGGCUAUCCUCAGUAGAGUUUUGCGCCCGAUUCUGAACCUCUUCGCUGUUCUCCAAAGGCGAAGUAGUGGCAGUCGGUGAACUCUGUGUAGUUUAGCAAUGAGUCUCCACUUGUCACUGUGCUCCUUGCUGGUGCUGCUCGUAUGUCUCCAGCAAUCAGCCACAGCGCCCGCCCAGGUGGUGAGCGCCAGCCUAGCAGAUGGAAGUUUUCCUUUGCGCGAGCGGCCCCAACAUAAACGAUCUGAUGAUGAACAGAGUAAUGGGAUGACGAGUAAUGGGAUGACGACGCACAGUCCGUCAGAAACUACCAAUGGGCAGGUUGAGGAGCUGCAACAGAUGGAGCAGCAUGUCGUCCGGGAGCUGUUCCUCAUGGAUCUCCCGGAAGAGGAACGGCUCGACUCCGACGUGGAGUCGAACUACAUGCUGGAUUUGUACAACGAAGUGGCGGACAACGACACAGGGAUUCUGCGCCCGAGAAAGUCGGGGAAACAGCCUGUGAUCUUCGAGAAUGUACGCAGCCUCCCGGUCAGAGCUGCCAGUCAGGUGAACAAUGAUCGCCACUGGCGACUAACGUUUGACUCAUCCGGCCUGCCUGACGUCAAUGACCGUGUGGAAUACGCCACAUUGGCCGUCUACUCGCGCCAUUGCCAGUCCGGCUGGAGGAACACGACGGCUGGCCGUGCGCUGAAAGCCAGCGGCGUUCACAAGACAAACAUCUCGGUGUACGCCUCGAUUCACAAGACCUACGCCGAGCUGCGCCUCCUGAACAAGGUGUCGCAGCGACUCAAGAUGAAGGGCAAGUGCUGGCACGUGUUUGACGAGACGCACUCCGUGCAGUCCUGGCAGGCACGCAAGAAGAGAGGACUGCGCCAUUUCAUCCUGGAGGAGGAGGGUUACCCCAGCCUGAACGCCGAUGACUUUCUGCACCUGCGUGGCGAAGGUGACACAAAGAACAGACCAGUGCUGGUGAUCUAUACCGGUCGACGAGUUCAUCCACCUGUGAAGAGUACAUCCAGACAACGCAGGAGUGUCCAGGACGAGUUCGACAAUGGCGGUGGACCAGCGAGACAGGAGCACGGAGAUCCAACCAGAGGACCGGAGCACACCGCGUGCGCGCGUCGAAAACUCGUCAUCGACUUCACAAAGUCCGGUUGGCACAAGUGGAUUAUCUCGCCACAGAGCUACAAGGCGUAUCGUUGUGCAGGAACCUGCAAGUUUCCCAUUCACCGGAGCAUCCGUAGCACACUGCAUGCCCGCCUAGAGGCCAGCGUUACCUACCAGAAUGAACUCAAUGGCAUCAAGGACCCGCUCCCGGGCAGCGGCGUUUGCUGCGUUCCCACCGCUCACAAUUCCCUAACCCUGCUCUUCCACACGCGCAGCGGCGGCACUCUCAUGCACAUAGCCAACAAGAUGGUGGCGGAUCGGUGUGGAUGCCGCUAGGGGAGCGCGUAGUACACCACUCAGCAUGCAUACGCGUGUGAACACUUGGAGUGUACACGUAUGUGGACACUCAGACGUUUCAUGUCUGCACAAACAUGUUCACUCAAUUCCCAAUUAGUAGAUUUAUGGCUCCUUUGUUUGUGCUGGGAGAUCUGCAUCUGCACGCCAGAAGCAACCCAUUAUUUAAUCCCCUGCAGGUGCCUGUGUCUGACGGUAUGAUGCCGUGAACAGAAUUUAGGAGCGCCACCGGCCACUGCUGACUCGGCCUCAACGCUCAAACUCAUACAUGCUCACAUACGCAUGCACACACACACACACACACACACACACACACACACACACACACACACACACACACACACACACACACACACACACACACACACACACACACACACACACACAUACACACAUGCACACACACACGCACAUACAGACACGCACGCACCCCAGGCAGACGGCGUGCUAAUCUUUACACUGCAUUUGCAUAUAUCAAGUCUUGACGGGAUGUGCUGACGAUGCCCCACUAGUAUCACGCUGGCCAUGAAUGCUGCCUUAGCCCCUUGUUUUAUCUAAAACUUGAGUAUCACAAUUUCUCCUGAGUCUGCUGCACGACCAAAAUGGAUCACGAACCAGAGACGUCAAUGUUUAGCACCCACACAAUACCAGAGAUUGAGAACUCAUUAAUUUUUGGUUUAUACCGGAUUUUUUACAAGUGCAAUUAGUCAAUACUAGGCGGAAAUGAUACACAGCAGGUAGUGCACUAAUUCUGCUGAUGGUGGCAGCGUAUUAUCUUGUCUCUUCGAUUCCCUUGCUCCGUGUCUUUCCUUCGCAACUGUAUUUUUCUUAGGCCGACUUCUGUAUUCGAUAACUGCAUCCAGGCUGUCCACUCUUUGUGUCCCACCGUCUUGUUUGCUUUCUGGUUAUGACCAACCAGUUCAUCAUUCUCGUCUUGGUCCGUUUGAAUGUGGCGAUGCAUCACUAAGAAUAUGCUGCGCUUCUGCCCGACAGUGCAGCAUGCACCAC